GUUCGCAAAACAAACACAAAAUUGCUGUCUGUGUAGACUAGAGGAUUAACUACAAAAUAAUAUUUAAUGGGUUGAUGAUAAAUAACAACCUCAUGUUAUAACAGGUAUGAAAGUAGUGUCGGCACAAGAUGUAAACUAUGAAUACAACGUAUUCCAUUUUCAUUUAUUAUAAUUUAUUUUAAUUAUAUUAAUAUUUUUAAUUUUCAUAAUAAAUCAAACUAAAUUAUCAAGUCAAAACUAGAAUUAAAAUAUCUAAAAAUGAUUUUUUUUACUACUACUAAAUACAGUACAAGGUUACAUUACUAAAACUAGUUAUUAGUAGUAUUAGUAUUAGUAUUUAUUUACUACAGUAGGCCAAAUGAAUGAUGAUGAUAGUAAGUGUAAGUAAGUACAAGUACCAGUCCAAACACAAUCACAAAGUUAUGCUGAUGCCGAUGCUAGCUGCCGAUCCACUAGUAACCACAAUAUGAUGAUGAUGUGAACUGAAUGUGUGUAGUGUUGCUUCUCUCUGUUUGAUUCUGAAAUUAGGCCUUCUCUGGCCACAUACUGAACUUACCUACUUACAGUAACUUAUACUAUAAUAGACACUUCAGUAUCGCCUUAAACUUUAAAUGCUGAAAAACAGGUAUUAUGAAAUCGUGAGUAGUACUAGAAGCACAACUCUUCACAGCUCCUCCAAAAAAUAGUGGUGACAUUGCCAGAUAUUUAAAAGAAAGAAAAUGCCAGGGCUUAGUUUAAAACACUUCUCAGUUUUUAAAAAUGUUCCUAUACAAACUAACAGACUUGCCUUGCCUUAGCUGUUAUUAUAACUGUUAUUUUAAAAUUAAAGUUAUUCAACGAUCACAAAUAAUUACUGGACUAAGCCUGAAUAUUGAAAUAUAACAGCGUUGGACUAAAGCAUUAAAGUUAAAAGGCAAGACAUGAAAGAGACAGGUUAUUUAGAAGUCAAGGGUUAAUAAAAUUAUGAAACUUAAUAAAGUAAAAAUUGAUGAUGACGUUUAACAGCUGCUGAGCCUACUAUUCAAUGUUCAUUAAUUAUACAAAAUUUAUUGUAUAUCAUUAUCAUUAAGGACAUUAUUUAUCCAUUAAAUUCCCAAAAAUAUAAUUCCCAGUCAGUUAAGUAGGUUAAUUAUUACAAUUACAACAUAGAUUUAAAUAACAAAAGUUGACUUAGUUUUGACAUUGACAUGGUUAUAAUAGUAAUCAUGAAUAUACAUUUUAUUAUUUAAAAAAUUAAUAAUGAAAUUUCAUAACAUAUUAACAAAUUUGUUUUCAGUCAUGAAAUUAAAUUUUUAAAAAUAAUAUACAUUAACUAAAUGGCUAUUGAAAACAAUGACAAUGAUUGAAUAGAUAAAGAUUUUAAAUACUUCUUAUUCAUAAUAAUAAAAUUACAAAUAAUGGCUAUAAUUUCCGUUUCAUUUUGCUAAAUCAAUAAAUGUAUCAAACUGUACCCGGUCUAUACAAUUUAAGACCUAGGGGCCUAUCUAAAUGUCAUGAUGUUUCUUGUUUGAGUUAGUUAAGGGGUUCUCAUAUAUGAAACAAAAAGAGUUAAUUGUAUUAUUAUAAUGGUUUCAAAAAUAUAGUGCUAAUAGACUCACCUAUUUUCUCAAUGAAAGAUAUUGGUAAAUUCAGAGAAAGCGGCCCGCGUUUAUUUCCAUGCGCGCACUUUUACGUCUUAAAUCGAUCCCUAUGCCUAACCUGAACCCUAAAUCUAUCCCUAAGCCUAACCCGAACCCUAAAUCAAUCCCUAUGCCUAACCUUAACAAAGUCAACCUUUUCCGCUAAAUCUGAAACAGCCAAGAUAUCUGCUACAAGCAAUAAUAGUCCAAUGAAAAAGUUUAAUCAUAAUGAUCGCUCUCUUUAUGUGUACAAAAUGGGCAACAAUGAUUCCAUUGUCUUUCUCUGAUAUAGAUAAAGGAAACUAGAUCACCAUAUGACCUCUUGUCCUUCCGACAUUGACCGGUCACCGGCUUAUGGUCUGUUCCCCUCAUCCAAAAAAUCAAUCGCGCAUUCCGCUUAGUGAAGUAUUUAGCUUAAAUAUCCAACAAAGGAACAUUUUCAGUUUGUCAAGUUGUCCAUAUAUAACUUUUUGUCAGGCAUUGUUGGGCAGUGUGGUGAUCUGACUUUUGACUUAUUUGUGAGGGGUAUCUCUCAUAUGAGAUCUCCUCUUGACACCCUGUCUAGGGAUUCAUUAUUUAAGCCAAAUUACCACACAGACAUAACAACCUAUCUAUAUACAUAUAGACUGAAUCAAAGUCUUUGUUAAAGGAGAAAAUAACUAUAAGUAUUUAUUGAAUAAUAUUUACAAAUUCCUCCGUAAUACACUCUUGGUGAUUAAUAUAAAUACAUCAAAUGGAAGUCAUCCAAUUAGAAAGUAUAUCAAUGCAAUGCUAGUGUCCCUAACAUACUGGCGGUAUCAUCAUUAUUAAUGCUAUAUUGCUCAAGGUUCUAUACUCAAUCUUUGUUGAGUUAGCCUUUUUAGUUCCAGUGAUGAUCUCAGCGGAUCAUACAGUGUGGGAACUCCUUCUGUUCUAGAAGCUUGUCCUUGUUCCGAUCUUCGGAGCUGUUCUAAGCGUAGCGAAGUCAGAGUUCCGGGUGUAGAUUCCGCUGGAUCUCUGCGAUGGGGCAGAUGACUCUCCAGCGAUAAAUUGUGGUAGUGAGAGUCCCUAGAUCUCGAAGUCCUUCUAGUAGCUGUCAGGUAGUUUGGUGUAGGAUGUAAAUCAAUCCCCUAGUUCCAGCUUCAAGGUGCAUCGGUCAAGUAAUAGAAACCAGGCUAAAGGCAAAUGAUACAAAAAUUGAUAAAUAUCCAAACGAAUAGUCGUAAGCUGAUAAGUCCCGUUCCAAUAGCAACAAAUUCAGAUUGAUGAAUGGAAGGUGACAUAGCUUGAAUAUAUACAUCCAAUUUGUGAAUAGAAUAUAAGUCUUGUCAUUGUCGGGUAAGCAUAUGUUGUUUCGCGACAAGGUUGGACCAAGCAAACAUUUUACUAAAUGAAGUACACGACGUAGAAUAAUUAUCAAUCAUUAAAUUUACAGGUACAUAGUAUACAUAUUGUCUUCUCAUUAAAAGAGACAUGGGCGAUUUGUAACAACAACCUACCAUCCCCAUGAUGGGAUGUCGGCAUGUCGUAGCCCGUGGCAAAAGCAAUAAUAGAAUGCAUAAUAUCAUUAUAAUGUAAUAUAGGCAUUAUUAGGAUAUGAUCAAACAUGAUAGAAUAAUUGCUACAAAGUGUAUGAAUAAUACAAGUGCAAUACCAUAAUAUCAAAAUCAUGGUUAUGUACUUACUAGUACUCUUAGGUAGCAGUUGCAGUUAAUGAUCACGCUAAUGAAGUUCUAAGUCUAGAUACUUCCAGCGUCCACGUUUAAGUGAUCAGAUCUUAAAAGACAUAUACUUGCUAGUAUCCUAGGUUGCAGUUAUAGAUCACGCUACUGAAGUCUCUAGUGAAGUUAUCUUCAGCGCUCACAGUCAAGUGAUAAUGAUCAUAAAAGAAAUAUUCUUGCUUGUUCUGGCUAUUUAUUCGAGUUGGAUAAUGAUUCAAUUGGGUGAUUUAAAUGUUGUAUGUUUUCCCAUCCAAUGAUAAUCACUUUCGAUGUUGCGGGUUUGACCUUCUACCCUAAAAAAUUAUCGGGUGCUGUGAGAAAUCCAAAUUCAUGCUUCAGUGUGAGUUUUAGUUUUCUGAUGCAUAAAUGCAAUAACAACAAGGGAGGAUACUCUGCUUUGCUGUCUCCAGGGCAAAAAUGAGGGGCUGUAUGGUAUUAAUUUCUCAAGGUUCAUCGGUGAGAGGGGUUGAACACAAGUUCCACGCUUUUUGGGGUGAGUGAACUGAUGUGGAAACGCGAUAACACCAAGGGAACUCACUCGUGCUAUGCGACUGCAUGGCGAAACAGAGGGGGGGGGAAUGGUAAUAUUUUACAAGGGUUUCCAAGGGCGGAUUUACAGUCAAAGAAUUUUACAAAGUCCUGCCUCACAUCGUCACAGGCAGAUAGUGAUGCACCCUAAACAAAACCUGUGGCACAUAGGGAACAGUGCACCAUUCCAUGGUAUAAAAGUUUUGCCAUAUUUGUCAUUUAAAAAAGAAAUUUCAUGUGAAUGAUAAAUAUUUGAAAGCCCAAAAUGAAAAUCUCUGGGUACCAAAACCCAAUUCAUUUAUUGGUUCCAACUUUAAUAUAAUUUUAAAGUAAACAUUUAAUACUUUUUUAUUCUAGUUUUUAAGUCACAUGUUCUUAUUUUUUAAAAACUUUAUUACUCAUUAUACUCUGCAGUGUGGAACAUUAAUUUUUCAAGAUGAGAGGACCAAAAUAUCGCCUGAGCCCCAAUGAGAUUGAACAUCUUGUAAAAGAAGAGAGAGAGAGAAGAAGAAAACUGCGCAUUCUACAGGUAUAAUAUUUCACACAUUCAGUUUUUUUUUAUAAUUCAAGUGGUUAAUGAUAUCUUAACUUAUGAAAUAUUUCAUGAUCAUGUGGAAAGACAUGCAUUUAAAAAUGACUGACCAUUAAUUUUAGUAAACAUGUUAUUGAAAUAAAUGUUGUGCUAUGGCUUUCAUUUAUUAGGGCAACAUGACUUAUGGGUGGUGAUCAGCUACCAGUCUGCUGAAUAUGUGACCAUUUCUAUUGGAUAAUCUGACAUUAUUUAAAAAUUUCAACACUGCUGGUUUAUAAUAAAAAGGCAUUAAAAUAAUUUAUCUAGCUAUGUUCUUACAUAUUUAAUUUUAGUUCUAGCUGCAUUUUUGUCAGUUUAUUGCUUGGUAAUGGUUUGUCAAAAUAAAGUAAUAUUCAAAUACUCAAUGUGCAAUCUGUCAAUUUUUUUAAAAAAAUCUUAAAGCUACAUGUCAUUAGAGAAAUACUAAACUUGUAUCAUCAUUUUUUUAUAAUUUAAAUUCCAUAUAUUUUAAUCAAUGGUUACAUUAAUUCUUUUGACUUACAUCUUUAGGUGAGGGAGCAAGCAAAAGCAAAUGCCACAACCAUUAGAAAUGAUGUCCGCAGGGCCAAAGUAAAGUUGCUCAGUAACCUGGCAUCUGAAAUCAAGGUCAGGUUUCAAUAUUUCAUUUAGAAAUCAUAUUUAACAUUAUUAGUGGAAAUAAAUGUUAAAGGAAUCGUUUUGAAACAAUCCUAAUUGCCACUUUUUUUCUUUUGCAUUUAAAAAGUUGUGUUUUUUUUAUCCAGGAACCAAAUGGAUUUUGUGUGGUGUUUUUCAUUAGUCACUUUUCCACCUCACAAAAAAUAGUCUGUAAUGUAAUUUAUGUCUUAAUAAACAAAACUGGAAACUACUGCUUUAUUACACUAUCAUCAUGAGUUAGUAAAUUUCUAAUGUUAUCAUUUUUAAAAGUCAUCUUUAUAAUUGAAAACCCAGAUAUUUUUUUUUUAAAAUUACAUAUGAAAUUAAUAUUGCGUUCAUGACUCAUACCUAAUUUAUUACUCUCAAUUUAGGAAAAACUUGAGGCUGAAAAGGAGGAGCAAAUUAGAAAGCUUGGACAAAAGUAUGAUAACACUCUGAGGGCCAUAGGUGAAGGUCACAGGGAAGCUCAUUUGCAUGUAAGAAUUAGAUAUUUCUUAAUGUGUAUGUUGAUAUCACAAAUUUGUAAUAUAUAUCGAAUAUCAUCACUAAAUCGUGACCCCAGUGUCAGUUUUCAAGCUCUUUAGUUAUGAGCUUAAUCCAAUGCACUUCUCAUGGCUAGCAUUACAGUAAAUUUUGUAUCAAACAGAAAAAUGGACGUAAUAAAAAAUGACAUUUCAGAUGUCACAUAGGGUUGUUAAGCUAUGCUCAUAAGAUAAUUAGAUUUUCAGUUAUUGGUUUUGAACAAAAAAUUUUUGUAUUAAAAGAAUUAAAUAAUUUUAUUUUUUAAAUAUCAUUAGUAUAAUGUAGGCUUAUUUUUACUGCCAAUGUAACCAAACGAUUCCAAAAUUAGAUGAACUUUUAAUUUUCUUCUCUGAUGGCUCACAACAUUUAAUCAAAUCCACUUGGGCCACAAUUUUCUGUGUUGGGCAUGGCAAGUUAUCAUCAACCAGCAUUUUCAUGGGGGGGUCUAUCUCUGUCAAUUUUAAUAAAAGUUGAACUGUCAGCUUUUAAUUUUUAAAAUUCUCUUUGGACUGCCUCUUGCUAUCUAAUAAAUAAGCAUACAUGAUUUACUCACAUUAUAAGAAUAUAUUCUAGUUUUAUAAAGGCAAGUAAAAAAAGAAAACACCAAUUAUUUGAUUAAUAUAGGAAUUCUACAACUGCUAAUCUUUGUGCCAGAAAGGUGAUAUUUUCCUCUAUAAUCUCACAGCAUGAAAUAUUCCUUACUUCUUUUCCUUCUAUUUGACCAGGGAGAUGGGGAAAAUAGAACUAAAAGAUUACAUCAGCUGAAAGAGGAUGAGUUAGCUGCCCUUGAGAGGUACAAGCAAGCCAUGGAGCUGAAAAAAAGGCAAGACAAUGAGGAGGAAUAUAAGAAGAACAAGCACAUCUCAGCCAGGUAACUUUUGUUUCAAAAAUGUUCAAAAUGUAUGCUGUUAAUCAAACAAGAAACAGUUUAAUAAGUCAAGACUGAAAUUAUUAUUUCAUCUCUGACAAACUUAGAUCAACUGUUUUCAACUGCAAUGAACAAAAAUUAUUAUUGUAACAUUGUAUGCUGGUCAUUUUUACCAAACUAAAUAAGUAAGAUGGCAUCUCUAAGUUAUUCAUCUAAUCUAAAGUAAUAAAUACAUAUAAUUAUUAUAAUAUAAUAAUAUAAUAUAAUAAGGGGUCUUAUAUAGCUUUACCUUAAAUAAUGCUUUAAGUAUGAAAUAAACUUGAAUAACACACAAAAAAUAAAAUUCCCAAUAACUGCAAUUGAUGAGAUUCUUAAAAAACAGAAGUGGGUUUGGUGUGUAAGAUUUUUUCUUUUGUUUGAUAUAAAUAGUCUCAAUUCAAAUAUGAUGUUAUAAAUCUGUUGUACAAUAGGGGUGGGACAUUAGAAUAUUAAUAUAGUUCAGGGGCCUGAAAAAAAUGUGCAGGGGCUUACCUGGGGGAGGGGAGGGGGAGAAUGAGUUCAAACUAAUUGGUAUUCUUAUCAAGUGUGUUACUUGACUGCAUGUUUUGUGAAGUAAUUUUAUAAUAUCAAAAGUUCACACAUUGCCUCCUCCAUUGUUUGGCAGAUUAUAACUAGUAAUUAUACAAAAACUCAAAUAUGUUAGUCAACAGUUUAUGUGUGACUCAAGUUUUAAAAAUUGAUAAACCAAAGUUGUUGUCAAAUUUUGAGUAGGUUUUCUUCCCUGGCAUAAUAAUAUGAAUAAAACAUAUAUUUUUUUAGGAAAGCAGCUCUGGAAGUAGAGAAAGAGAGGGCAGCACAAGUGGCCUCCCUUCCAGCCCCUCCGCCUGAUGUCUCUGUGGAGCUGGAGAGGAUAAAGAGUAAGUUGAUCUCUUCCUGAAUAGACAGACAUUUAUCAACUCUAGGAUUCUGACAUCAACAGUAGUUUAAAUCUAUGUUUGUCAUUUUUUACUGAAACUUAUACUGUAUCAGGACAACUCAGAAUCACAUUAAUUCCAACUACUUUGCAGUGUUGGAUCGGUACUCUGUACUCUUGCGUAUUUUAUAGCUUUACUGUGCUAUUUGUCUGAUUAUUAGGUUCUUUGUCUUCUAUAAGUAUUUAUUAGGUCCUUUGUCUUCAUUAGAUGCUGUUAACAGAUUCGUGAACAUGGCAACAUUUAAAUUCUUUAAAUAUUACAUCCAUCAUCUGUCUAGAAAACACUAUCCCAAUUAAACUAUAUGUUUGUCAUCUAGGGAAGGCCAUCCCAAUGACUGACAUGAAGGCUUUUGCCACCACUCACUACCACAUCCCUGACUAUCAAGUUGUCCGAGCUGGAGCUGAAGAGCAGGUAAGACAGAAUGUUUAGUUGACAAAACGUGUUUGAUUGAUGUCACCUUGAUUGAAAUUUGACUUAAGAUAUAUAAUUACCCCAAUGAUAUGUUAAUGCAAAUGUUUUAUAACUGGCUGCUUUAUAACUGACAGCUUUUCUUGUCUAUAGCAAGCUGAGGCUGCUUUAAAAAAAGUUAUAAACUUUAUAAGAAAAUGUGCAGGGAUUUUUUUUAAGUGGGAUCAAAAGGCCAAAAGAAUCACAAUUUAAGCUCAGUCCCAUCAGUUGUUACACUCCUCUCAAUAAUAAACUUAAGGUAGCAACAAACCUUACAUAGCCUUGACCAUGAAAUGUAACUACCUGGUGAUAAGAGUCUUCAGGAUAACUAAAAUAACAAAAAUUAAUCCCCAGAAGUAUUUAUCUCAUUAUCUUUUAUUUGUUGAGAAAAUUUUUUUUUAUCUUCUUGCAUCCAGCACCUCUAUGAUGCCAAGACACAAGGAGAAGAGACAGACUUGAAGCUGAGACAGGACCUGGUUGAGACAAAACGGUCAAGACAUGAACAGAUUGAACGAGCCCGUAUCCGUGGUAACGAGGCACUGCAAAAAGAAAUGUUGAAGAAUGUAAGAUGAAUUCUACUUUAUUGCUGCUCACAAGAGCUUUUUAAAUGAUGUUUAAUGUUUUUAACAAAAAAAAGUUAUAAGGAGAUGACGCUAUUAGUUGAAAAGAAAUGAAACCAUUGAGAUGAUAGGACUAGUUUUUUUUUUAAAUUACAGGGAUAGAAAGUAAUGUUUUGAUUGAAACGUGAAAUUCAUUGAAUAACUAAAAUAUCAUGUAAACAAGUGAUUUAAUUAAGAGUUUUAUUUAAACUUCCUGCUACUGAUUGGUUUUCUGGCUUCAGGAUCUUGGUGACAUGAUGAAAGAUUUGAGUCUGCUACAGAAGAAAGACAGAAGACGAAGACAAGCCAUUGUGUCUGACCUGCCUGUGAGUAGUUUUUUUAAGUAACAUUUAAUGAAAAAUGUUGCAAGAACGUGUCACUGCAACUUUCUUUCUCUUGAUCUGGCUGGUGUGUGUUGUCUACGACCCAUUUAUUCAUUUAUUAAAGUCUCCCCUCUUGAUAGGAGAGUUAUUGCACAUCAGAAAAAUUGUUUGAAGGAAAAUUGUUUGACAGAAGUUUGUUAGAAAUUAAUUUGUUAAACAGGGAUUAAUUUUAAACAAAUUUUUAGUGAAAAUGCGAGGGAGCAAUGUAAACUUCUGAUAAAAUUUAUUUGUGUUGGUUUUUAUUUUUUCAUACAAAUUUACUGUAACCCAGGUUUGGGUACCUUGUGCCUUGAUGUAUAUCAGUGACAGUCAGAACUUUUAAAAGUACUGUGUUAAAUUCAAUAAGCCUCACAGUGGUAGAUAGACAUUUUUUAAACUAAGGAUUCAUUAUUACUUGACUUGGGCUUAAGAAUAAGUUUACCUCCACUAGAAACAAGUCUUCAUCCCACCAGAGAAAUGUCUUGAAGAGAGGAAAGAGAAGCAGAUUGAGAUGGAGAGGAAAUUUGAUGAACUUUAUAUACAACAUUGCAGUGAGUUCAAAUAGUCUGAGUUUAUAAUGUUUGUUUUCAAAAUGUAAAAUGUCUCAGUUUGGAGUCAAUAUGUUAUACAAUAUACCAUCUUAUCAAGUUCUAGCUAUCAUUGAUUUCAUUUAUGACCAUUACAUGUAUGAGACAUGCGGAAAAUUUACAUUUGUCAAGUUUCUAUUUGUUUGUCUUUAUAUUAGAAGUUGAUGCAGCCGAAGAUCUGCGUGGUUCUGAUGUGUCCGACUACCCGACGAUUCAAGAUUCAACAGAUUCUUACAUUCCUGAACUAGAUGCCACCCCUGACAUAUCCAUUCCUCUGUCCCAGAUAAACCCAGCACUUCGUGACCUCACAAAUGUAUCACGCCCAACUAAUCCAACUCAGAUGAAAAAACCUGGUAAUGUAAUGCUCUAAUUAAAUUUCAAUGGUCUUAACUUUGUUAUAUCCCUACAAAAUAUUCUUUAACGUCAAUUAAUACAUUUUCAACAUUGGACCCAAGGGUCAAAAUAAUGUAUUUUUUCGAUAUAAUAUCCACUAAUCAUUGUUAAUUAGUUAAGCAUAUUAAAUUAUCAGAUUAUUUGAUGUUAAAUAAGAUUUAUGAGACAGACAAAAUUAAAAAUGACACUGGAAUUAUUUUUCUUAUGGAAGUUUGGAAAAAAGAAAAUUUUGAAAUUUUUUGCAUGUUAGACAAAUUAUUUUAAAAAGUAAAGAAUGACACGUUUCCAUAAAUAUCUUAAAUACACUUCUGCAAUUUUUUUUAUACUCACUUGGCAGGCAUUUAUUUUGAGCAUGGUCAAUACUUCUGUGGCAGCUUUUAGCUAAUUAAUUUGUUCAUGUCCAAUUAUAAAAUUUCCAGAUUAGAAACUAUUUUAAUGAACAGUUUCAGGUUGUUUACUGAAUCAGUUCUUGUUUUCUCACAGCCACAGUGUUACGAGAGCUCCUGAAUAGAAUCAAGGAACAAAGAGACACUACAAAAGAAAGUCCAGAUAACAAAGCGGAAACAGAGGCGGGUGAACAUAUGGACACGCUUGAUGUCAGCAAACAAGAUUUACAAACAGACAACAAGGACAGUCUUCUGGCAGAGAACAAAGUAGAAAAACUGAUUCUAGAGAAAGAAGCAGAUGGUUACGGUGAGAGACCUGAAAUCUUUUGUAUACUAUUGAAAGAAAAAGAGCUAAUCGUUACAGCAGUGGUUCUGAAACUUUUUUCUGCCACUGCAGCUUUGGAGCCAUAUACUCAACCCUAGCAUCCCCUCCUGUGUUUCCCCGAAAUUCCUAUUUCUAUUACCUAGGAUAGUAGUUAGUAAAAAUUCUUUAACUUGCUUCUACACUGCUAAAAUAUCGUUAAUCCUUUGGUUGAGCUUAGUAAAGUGAUACUUUUUUCAGUCUGGCAUAAUGUAACUUAACAAGACUCUUAAAUCAACAUGAUCAAAAGACUAUUAUAUUUCCUCUGUUUGGAUUAAAGCUUAUAACCAAACUACAACCACAUUCCAGAAAAUAUAGGAUAUUAGAAAUAUUACAAGGACCUUCAUGAUCACCUUUAAAACUUAAGCAGAGAAAACUUGCUCAAUUUAUAUCUAAAAUAUUAAAAUAAUGAAGAUAUGUGGAGAUUAUCAGUUGGUAACUCUUUCUCUUCUAGCUCAGACAGGCUUAAAGUUUAUCACUACCUCUCAUGAGCAGAGUUAAGUUUGAUACAAAAGGUACAGAUUAUUUAUUUGGUUUUAAUAAGUUUGACCUAAUCUGCCAGCCACUAUAAAUUUAUCUGAUAAAAAUGUGCAAAUUUCUCUGACAAUAGCAAAGUGGGGUGUCUGAAUCUCAGGGAUUCAGCACUUAGAGAAGCAAUUAUUUAAUGACAUCUUUCAAAAAGUAUCCAGUGUGAAGCAGUUUCUAAAAGUGACUCACAUAUUUGGCUUUUGAUAGCCCGUGAAUUUUAUUUAAUUAGCCACUGAAUGAAUAACACAAUGAAUGGUAAAGUUACGAACUACAUUUUAAAUAAUAAAUAUAAAAACCAAAGUAGCAACCAGUCAUUGAUUCAGACAGUGGGGUAAGUUAACUCAUCCAGUUGUCAAUGCAAUUUAAACUUAUACACAGUUGCACCAUGUGCUCUCUAUAUUUUAUUCCUUUUAAAAAAAUGACUGUUUUUUCACUGAUGAAUUAAUACCUAUAAACCUUCUUCAUAAACACAGAAAUUGAAGAAAACUUUUUUGUUAAAACUUAGAAUCCAACUGUUGGCUGGAUGGAGACCAACUCUGGAAAGAUAUUACCUUAACAUUUUCUUGUUUGAAAACUGGCAUUGAAAACAAUGAUAUUUUUAUGUCACCCAAAUAAGCUAACUUAAGUUGUUUUUUAUUGCUGCAUGUAGCGUCGGUGAAGCUAGAAUUUAUUACACCCAGGGCGGCCCUUGAUUUUACCACCCCUAAUUUAAAAAAAAAACGCUGUGCAUACAUAAUACAAAUUAGAAAUGAAGUACCUAAAGUAUAUGAAACCCAAAAUAACAGUCAGGCAGGGGGACUGCCCCUUUUGCCCCCUCUUCCUAAGCCCAUGGUGUCUGGUGACUGGGGACAGUAUGGCCCACUUUGAGAACCACUGAGUUAGAGUGUAUUGUAAUCCAUGUAAGCAUUAUUUAUUUAAUGCAGUGUUGACAAAAUACAUAGAUCAAUUUGUCCAGUAUUUGUCUCUAUCUACAUAACAAGAUUUAGAGUUUAAUCAGUUGAGUUUUUUUUUUUUUUUUUUUUAAAAAUUUUUUUUUUGGUUUUUUUCAUGGUAUUGUAGCAUGGAUAAGAUGAAUGAUUUUCUUAUGUAUCACUGACUAUUAAAUUAAAAGGCCUUAAAGAGCUGACAUUGCAUUUUUUUAACAUCUUAAUUACACUUUAAAAAUAUUGUUCAAAUUGUCUCUUGACUAUUUCUGUUAAAUAGGCUCUUCAGGGGAACAUGAGUUUGGCUCCCAACCAAAAACAGAUCAGGCAGCCAUGGCAAGAAAUGAAACUGUGGGAAUAGCCCACAAAGAUAAAAUGAUUGAAGAUUUACGCAAGAGGAUAGAGUUGAUAGAGUAAGUGUUUUUUUAUUUUGAUUUAUGCAAGUGCUACUUGUUUAUACCAGUAAUAUUAAAUGGAAGUUAAGUAUGUUUUUAAAAAGAUUAAAAGGGUUUUAUAUUCAAAAUCAAGAUAGAUAUAUUUUAACAUGAAGUUUCCUUCGUUUAUUAAAAAUAAGUUUUGUAUCAAAAAUGUUUAAAUUACGUAUUUUUUAUACCAAAAUAGCUAUUUCAAUCUAACGUGUUCAUCUCUCAACUUCUCAGUUUAAAAAAAAUCUUAAGGUGGCUUCUAUCUUUUUAAAAAUAAUGGCUAAUUUUUUAAUAAUAUUAAUCAAUAACGUGAAAUAUUCAAAACAUAUCUAAAAUGAAUUUUUCAUUUCAUUUGUUGUCAAAUUUAUUUGAAAAUAUCUUAAAAACUAAAUCUGAUUUUGUGUUUGUAAUUCAUUUUCAACAUUUUUAGAAGUCAGAAGAAACAACUGUCAGAGCAGUUCUUAGCCCAGGCAAGUUUUCACCGCCACCUCUUCACUGCCGAGGAGUUGGUGUCUGAUGAAGACGAGGGGUCAACAUUAAAGGAGGUUGAUAUUGAAGAGUUCCAGCUCAUGUCAGGGAAAAUGGACCAGCCAAGGAACAAUACUUCCAAAAUGUAUCUUGAAGGGAAAAGUGAAAACUUGAAACAAUUAUCAGGGAUUCUUAAAGAAACAAAACACAAAAUUGUAUCAGAUGAAGAUGGUGGUCACUUUGUCCCCCCACUUUGGCCAGGUCAGUCAAUCCCAAGUCAAGGAAUACAUGCCAGAAGGGAGAUACAUUUGGGAGGCAAUGUGGCUCUGGGCAAUAAGGCAUGGCAGGACAGUGGUAAUCUCAGAUUUCAGCCACUUCCAUAUGUUGGCCAACAGCAAAGUUCACUGGCCAGUCAGGGGAUCCCUGGAUUUAGAUCUGAUCAUGGAGUUGGCAGGAUAUACCAAAGUGAUGGAGUAACAUGCCACCAGCAUGAUAAUGCUAAGGAUAGGCCUCUGGGGCACUUGAGUGAUGUCAGCGUAGGAGGAUGGGACGUCUCACAAAAGUUAAAAGACUACUCGCAAGGAGCAAUGGAGAGACUGGCCACCAUGGAUGAGGAUACCAUUAAGAAGGUCAGAGAGUAUCAGAGCAAGUUGCUCGAAACGCAUGCACAACGUAAGAAACUGUUGUCAGAUGUCCAAGCUGAUAUAGAGCGUCGCCGCAAUGAGCUGAAAUUAUCGUCGUGUCAGAACAUAGGUACCCAGAGAGUGGGCUCCACGUUAAAGCUAGCUGCUGAUGGUGGAGACGUUAAAGUGACAAGCAGUGGAGGGCCGCAACCUAAACAAUGGGAGACAAUAAAACCAUUCAUUGCCGAACCUUGGAGAAGAUCUAAUCCCUCGGAGGUUGCAAGUCAUAGAGAUUACUCUAAUUUUGGCACUGAGACCAAGCUAAUUAGGUCAAGCGUUGGUUUUAAAGAGCCAGGGAAAUCUGACAGCGGUGAAAAUUUUACCGUGGAAGAAAAUAAAAUGGACAAGAUCAGAAAAUCUUUGUCAUUCCAGGAACUAGGGGAAUCCCCAAACAUCAGCUGCAUUUCUUGGAAUGACACCCCAGUCUCCAGGCAGUCACAAGAAGUUAGUGAAAGCUCCCGCCUGACAUCAAGCGAAGAAGAAAGAGGAAGUCCAGUUCUGCCCAUCAGAGCCCCAAGUUCUGACAGUUUCUCAGCAGCUUUAGUUGAGAGGGCUGAGGCAAACAAGAGAGAGUUCCAUCAGAGGCAGCAGGAAAUUCAGGCCCAGCUGAUGGAGAUGCAGAAACAGAAGGAAAUGAUACUGCAGAGGUACAAUGCAGGCCAAUUGGCACUGCAACAGCAGCAGAUGGCAGUCAAGUAUUUGAAUAGUGUUACUACUGAUGAAAAGGAUAACUCCCCUCCUGUAGACAAGUUUGAAGGGGCAAGAUCAAAGAUUAAUCCACAGCCAAGAGGAGGCUCAGAUUUGCGGAUUAGCUGGGAUGUGGCUUCUGUCCCAUGUGAGGAAAGAGAUUUCUCCAGAGGGUUUAGGGCUAUCAGAUCUAGGUCAAGCGAAUGUCUUGAUGACAGUAGAGAGAGUGAGGCCACCAGCGGGAGACAGAGCUUAAGUACACCUGGCAAUCUCUCUGCAGAUUCUUACCUGGCAGACAUUUCUUACCAUAAAAUCAAAUCAGCGGAUGCUGGAGGUGUCCCAACUUCUGCUUUCAGAGCACCUGAGCCUGCUACGUCUGUGGCAACUCAGAGCUACAGCAACACACAGCAGCCAACCUGGGCUUCUCUACUGAUGUCAGCUUCCAACAGUAAAUUACAACCCUUGGAUGCACAGCAUCAAAAAUUGACAGGCCCACCUCAAGUGCAAACCUAUCCGCAACAACCUUAUUUCAUACAGCAACAACAAUUGCCCCAGUGGCAGCCAAGUCAACCACAGCAAGGAGUCAAUCCCAGAUUUGAAGGUGAUGAUUCAGUUCACUUCUCUGAUUCACAGUCUAUUGCUGGCAGGUCUUCAAACAUUUCAAGACCCAGUGGAAUGUCUGACAAGUCAGGCUUGGAGCACACAAUAGAAUCAAUGUCAAAUUCCCUCUCAGAUUCCUUGUUUCCCAGUCCAGGUUUGUCUGACCGCCUCCCGCAUGAGUUGAGCACUAUAUUAGAGGUGGACACGCCUUUGUCCGCAUCAUCUAAGACACCAGCAAGGAAACUGCCGGUCAUCCCUGUGGCAUCCAUCCUCAACACGAGGAAUGCAUCUUCAAUAAUAACUUCCUCUGGUCUGCAGUCCUACAGACUCGGUCCUGGAGUUAAAAUUGACAUCCUGAGGGACCCAUACACUUUUCCUCCAUUGGUAACUGCUGGUCCACACAGAUCAGAAUUUAACCUCGCUACAGGUCAACGAUUACAGGAUACGGACGCUGUUAAUGAGCAGGACAUCUCUAAGACAUCAGAAGAUCAAGAUUCCACAGGACUAUUUCGGGACAUUCCUGGAGAAACCAAACCUUUAGUAUCCAGAAUGGGUGCCAAACGGACAUUGAAUUUUUCAGAAGACCCUAAUGAAAUGUCCCCGCAGAAUUUUGAUAAUUUGAUUGAUGAGGAAGAAGAUUUGUCAUCUACAAAAAUGCCAGCUCUUGUGGAUCUAACUCCCAUUAAACCUUGGAACCAGGUUAAGAGGGAUAACCCAAUGGAAGUCACAUCUGCUCAAAGGGAGGUUUCUGGUACAAGCGACGGAGCUACAUCCAGUCUCAAUAUAACGGGCUACAGUGAUUAUGUUAAAGAACGGGAGGCAACCAUUAUGUCAACACCUGAUUUGAGCACGUCAGGGGCUGAUCAUAAACAAAGGAGUGGAGAAGGCAGUGGAUGUGAAGAGACUAAGAAAAUCACUGACGUCUUGCAGCAGGCCCAGACUUUUGAUCAGGAACUGUUGUCACGUCUUCAAUUACAGUCCCAAGCGGUAUUUGGUGACAAAACUGGCAACACAACAGAGUACUCUGAAAUGUCUGGAAAUCUGAGCUCAAUGACAGCAUCAAAUCUGGAGGAGGUCACUAUACCAGAUCACACAAAUGAUGCUGCAGACAGUUCUGACAAUAAUCUUCCUAAGUCACCCAUUGGAUAAAAAUAGUAAUAACUAAAGCACUUGAGUGAAAGAUUUUAAUUAUAAUUAAUAGCACUUACUGGAUUAAUGUAUAUAAAUUAAAUGUUGGUGUGUCAAGAUUUAUUUUUAAAAAUUAAGUGCCCAAAGUUUCAUAUAAAAUGUUGGUUUUUAAGCAACAAAAGUGCUGAAGUGUCAGAUGCAAAAAGAACACAAAAUAAUUUAUUUAAACUAGCAAUCUUAUUAACCCCUUUAAAUUUAACAUUACAUGUGUUAACUUUGGUUUUAUGAACAAGAAAUGGAUUUUAUAAAGCUUCUGCUGUAUAAACUAACUUUUUCUCCAAAAUAUGUGUUUAAAAAAUUAUUAGAAUAUUCUGAAACUUUAUUCAGUGCUCAAGUUUAUUGAUCAUGUAUUGACUGUGAGAGUUUUCAAAAUAAUAAAGUUACGGCAACCUGGAAUGACUCUGCAAUGGGAAGUUCAUUUAGGAUGUCACCAUCAACAAUCGCAAACAGGCUGCAUUAUUCUGAAGAAAAUAAAAACCUGUCGUAUAAUAUUAAAGAGAGUCAGAACAUUUUACUUUAAUUUAUGCUAUUCAUAUUUUUAGUUGUUACAUGGCAUGAUAUGAGAAAGUGAAUGAAACGCACCUGUUUUAUUAGACUAACUUGUACUCAUUUAUUAGUUUACUGAAAUUGUGACUUUGUACCUACUAUAAUAAAUAUUUUAGCUGAAUCACACUUCUUCUCAGUCACUACCACAGUUCAUUUUCAUAUUACUCUUACAAAUGACUAAAAUGACAUGCAAUAAAUUUUGAGAAGCUCUAAAGCAAUCUGUGAUAAAAAUAUCUAAUACUGGAUUACUCACCUGUUUAAGUUAUAUUUGGUAUGUAGUUGUCUGCCCCAAAGUCUAGACAUUUUCAAAUAAUAAUGGAAUAUUCUGUAAACAAUGCGUUGUGUAUUUUGAUAAAUAAAUGGAACUCCAAUAUUAGUAAUUAUUUAUCAAGAGAAAAGAAGUUUUAUUGUGAUUAGUCUAAACUAGAGAAUAUGUCUUAUAAUAUUUUAAUUUAGGAAGAAAUUAUUUUUGUUACAGUAAUUUAAAUAGCUUUAAGUACUAAAAGUAAUUAAGGGCAACUUACGGUAGGGGUUGGCAACCUUUUGGUAAUAGGGUGCCGAAGGAGGAUGUCUACUUCAUUCAGCAUGGGAACAACCUUUAAAUCCACCUUAUAAGACACUAAAUUUAGUCUUUAUUAGUUGUUUUUUUUGCCUUGCCCAUGCCAUUGUAAAUGGACCCGCAUGCCAUGUAAGUUGCCAACCUCUUCCUGAGGCAUGCCAUGUAAGUUGCCAACCUCUUGCUGACGGAUAAAAUCAUUGAGACUGAGAUGAUUAUUUUUAAUAUAUCAUAGAACCAGUAUUUUAAUAUGUUAGUCUCUAUACUAUUGUUUAUUAACUUCUCCACUAUAAUUCAAAAUGAUGUAUUUAAUUGAUUGCAC